CCCUUUGCUGGUAACAGUUCAUACACCCACCUUUUCCUUAAGUAGCCCGGUUGCUGGACACCAAUGCUGAUAGUAUGACGAGACCAGUGCAGGGGAGGCAUGGUUCGUCAGAUUGUUCUUCUCCGUCGAAAAACAGCGCAAGUGUAGUUAAUCCGGUCAUAGGCUCUUCAACGCCCGUGAGUAUUGAUCGAAGAGGGAGAAAGGCCACAUUCACUCCAUCUCACUUUAGCUCUAUCGCUGGGAAGUCAGCACAUGCCGUUGACCCCAUUCCUUCUCGAACAAACAAGAAAAGACCAAGUCUGUUUGCAUCCAAGUCACCUCCAGGAAAGGGAAAAGAGCCACGCCUCAGUUCAGUUCGUACGGGCACAGAUGUCAAUGAACGGCUACACGAAAAUGAUCAACCAUUCUUCACCUCCCCUGCUGCCACAACACCA